GAUAGCCUUGUAGGUCCGUGAACGUUGGUAUGAGCCAGGUCUAAUACAUUCUCUCCUCUGGUUGCGAAGUUAACAUGCUGGUUGAACACUUUGGCAGGACUGUUUUUAAAUUGGCAUGACUGAAGUCACCAGCAACAAUGAAGACUCCUUCAGGGGUCAUAACAAAAACUGGAAAAACGAGACGUCCUUCAAAAUGAACGAGAAGAAGCAGCUGCCGACCAGCACCAGAACCCCAUCGAUACACCUCAAACUGCAGAAGCACCGGGAAUUGGCCAAGAGGGCCCUUAAGAAGAAGGCAAUGGUUGGUGGUCCGGUGUUGCAUCAGCCAAAGUCGGGGACAAAGAGGUUAGUAAAAUUCAAUAAAGGAUAUUCUGCUUUGAAGCAGCAUCCAGAAGAAUCUUUAGUUUCCUUGGAGUCUGACAGUGAUGGCGAGUUUGAAUCCAAAUAUUAUUCGUCGUCGGGCUACUCAUCAGCAGAGCAGCAAGUAAAUCAGGACCUGAACCGUCAGCUCCUGAAAGACGGCUACCACCUAGAUGAAAUACCGGAUGAUGAAGAUCUUGACCUAAUUCCUCCGAAGCCUGUUACCUCAUCAACCUGUGCUUGUUGUCAGACAGAAAGUUCUUGUACUGUCCAGUAGUCAUGGCCCAACCACACCAUAUCAAAGGCAAAACUUGCUUUGGACAAUUGAAUUUUUGAAAGCAUUGUAUACCUGACUAUACGAAUGUAUAUAUAUUUUGAACUGGGAAACCAUAUUUGUAUAUACGAUUUGAAAAACCUAAUGUGUGGAUUGUAAUUGUUCAUCUUUUUACACCAAAUUUAGUCUGUUCCCCUUCAUUUUGUAUCAUCUGAAUCUUGCCUGUUUGAGUGUCCGGAUAUAAAGCUCACUAAAUUUUUCCAAGAUUAUCUAUUGAUUUUGCCAGUUACCUAGUCGAAAGGCAAUGAUUCAACAUUUACUGACAUUGCUAUGGCUAACUACUGAUUUUUUUUUCCCCCUGCCACCCUUUCCCCAAACUAAAGGACAGUGGAAAUAGACCAAAGUUUUGCAUAAAUGCAAUUAACAUGCUAGGUUUUAUUCACAAGACAGGUCUGUGCAUCACCUUAAGAAGUUAACCUCUGUUAUGCACCUGACAGCUUUUAACAGACCCAGUGAUUCUGUACAAACUAUUUGCACGUUAAUGGACUGCACUUUUUCAUCCUGUAUGUGAAAACUGAACUUGCUGGGUGACUUGGAAAGGAAGAAUUGUGAAGACUGAAAUUCUGUUAGUCAUCAGUUGAACCUGUCGGCAAGAAUUCCACAAAUAGUGUCUGUUUGGCAAGAAAUUAACUCCAAGGUUUUGAGCAUUUGCUAAGUUUGGGCAGUAAUAGGAAUGCUGAAUUGAACCUGAAUGGCAAGUAGCUUAAAUCUGUAUUUUCCUUUGUCUAUGGAAUAUUUAACAUUUGACACUCUUAAGCAUGUAAGUUGGAUGAGCCAGCACCAGGGGAAUGUUCAAUUUGUGUAGGAAGGCUUGCCAGAGUUCUGGUACGAAACCUAGCAUCCAAAAUGUGCAUAAGAUAGUUGCUUUGUUUUUGGAGACUUAGAAGCUGGGUUCUUUAUAAAUAACUGCACUGUGAAGAGCUUAUUCACAGGGCCUGGUUCAAUACGUUACUGAUUCUGUGUCCCUAAUGCAAUGUGGCUUUGAAAGAGGAUCCAUGCAAUUUGUGGGGGGUGGCCAGGAGGCAACUUGGCUUGUCACACCUGGUUGGGUGUCUUUGUGCAGAGCACAAAAUGGGGAAGGAAACUAAAGUGCAGAGGAUUUUAGCAGCAGGUACUGCUGAUGGAUCAUAUGAUGCUUUACUGUCCGGGUAUCACUGUCUUUUUCAGAAGUGUCAUCAUCAUGUUGAAUGGUUUUGGGCAUCAACAUAUUGCCAUUUUAAAAAAUACCCGAGCAAAGUAAAGGUGGAAAUCACUGUUCUGAUUGCACUUGUGUUCAGGUGAAUAGUCGAAUGUUUCUAAUAAAACCUUCCACUAAUUCUCAAGGCUACAGCCAAGGCUAUAACAAAUGCAGUGGACCAGAAUAAGAUAUUUACCUCAGUUUAUUCUAUUCUGUAACAAAUGGGUAUUUAAUGGAUUCAGAAGGAAGCCUCUUUAUAAUGUGUUUAGUACUUAAAUACCUUACUUAAUCCGUCACUCCUACUGGAGCAUAGGCUGCUAACAGCAGCUUGCCAGAGUCCCCUGUCUUGUAGGUGAAGAUCCUUCCUCUCUUGGGGAUGAGGUCUUAGGAGUUUUUGUUGCUGUUUCAGUAGCUUGAGGUUUUUAAUGGGAUGGGGUUGCAAACCCCAUACCCAACCCUCCUCCUUCCGCAACCAGGCUUCACUCCGUCCAUAGUGGAAUUAAAGAGCUAGAUGCAAUACUUGAAAUGGUUGAGAGUUCAGUUCGGCUUUUACAAUCCCACUGCAACCAAAAUGAACCUGUUUGAGCUAUCCUGAGCAUCUGAAUAGUGGAUGCUUGUUAUGAAGGCAGUGAUAGUCUAAUGCACUGAUUCUCAUCACUGGGAGUUGUUAUUCAAUGUUUACAUGAAGUUCUGUGAGUUUGAGUUGAAAUUGGGCAGUUUAUUUUUAACCCGGCUCUAACAGUCUGUACAGUGAUCUCCAUCUAUGCAACACCUGACUUGAUACUAUCUCUUGAUUGUUAGUCCUUUAUCCAGAUCAUUCACUUUAAACAAUGCCGUUUUGAUUAAAAUGUCAGUUAAAACGCUGAAUGAUAAUUCAGACUAUUUCAUGUUAUCAGGGAUUAGGGCAACGUCUGAAGUAUUGUUCAGUCCCUUAUUCUGAGUACCAGGUGGUCCACUCUGCACAGAAACACUAAAACAUUUAUUAUCACUCUAGUGGUUUGCAUUUUAAGUGCUUGUUUGAUGUGACAUUUUACUGUAUAUAUAUAUAUAUAUAUAUAUAAUGUUUGCUUUUCCAGUUGGGUUGCUUAAUUUGUUUAAUAUAUGCAAUGAUGUGAAGUUUAGACUUUUUGUUCUAAUAUGCUGUCAGUUCAGCUUGGCUGAAACACUAAUUUCCCUUAUGGUUUUCAUUUCAGUCACCAAAAUUCUGUCUUAAUCAGCAAUGCAGACUUGACGUUCCUGUGUCAUGGCUUCCAGUCGCAUUGUUCUUUUACUCUUUUUAAGUAGCAAAUAGUUGACUGAAAGCUUUGUUUAAACUGGUGGGGGGGGUGGGGGGAGGUAAAAAGGAUUCUGCAUCGCAUAGUCUCUGGGAUCUUACCAUGGAUAUUAGCGUAUGAAAGAUGAAAACACCUAUGUGCAAUCAUAUAUGACCCAUUUUAAUAAGCUUUUAAAAGGAGUGGGUUAAUAUCUUCAUAAAACAGCCCACCAAAGAAUUGCUUAGCUCUCAUAUUUACACAGUUCAUGUGCUUCUGUCUAUAAUAGGAGGACAACAUACAGAGGGGAGUGUUAUCUGUUCUGAGCAGUAAAUUGAAGACAUGCUUGGAGAAUCAUUUACUUGUGUAGAAAGUUUUUAUCUUGAAAUUUCAGGAUUGGAGAAGUUUCUUAAAGACGUGUCUAUGAUCUUGUACACUGAGGUUGAAUCUCUUGGAAUGUGAGUAUGAAUUGAAGGUUAAAUGCAUGAUUAGAUUAAAUUAGAUAAUUGAUUCAUUUUAGUUUCUGGGCACUUGUAUCCAUCAGUUGCCAUGAUUAGAAGAUGGGCUGCAGCAUUCAGAAAGGUGAUCAGUGCUGCCAUCUAGAGGUGCAGCUGAAUGAAAAUCUCCCAGCUUCUCUCUGCUGUGAAGUCCAGGUGGGAUCCCAUAGAACAUUAGGUAGAGUAAAAUGCACUCAAUAUAACUAAAAUUAUAAAUAGAUUUGAGUUCACUUUUGUUUGACUCUUCUACCAUCCAGAUUUAUUUUGCCAAUGUGAGUCCUGAAGAUUCCUUUAUGUUUUGGAUUUCCCCUUCUGUUUUAGUCAAAGCACUGUAUUGGAUCUGAUUAACAGUGAAUCAGAUUGGAAGUAUUUUUCUUAACUUGGUGUUUGUGCAUAAAGUACGAGGCAGUGUGUGGCAUCUUGGACAUAACAAAUCAUGACGCUGGCUCAUCAGCUUGUGUCUAGGAUUCUCAUUGACUGCAUCUCGAAUUCCACGAUCACCCAUCAUGAUCUCAAUCAUUGGAAAAUUGACAGGAAUCCCUCAUAGAGGCUGGAAAUGCUGUCUUGCCCUUGUUAUCAUUCCUACACUAGCUAUUGUGUACAUUGGCAAAGGUUACUGAUGGGGUUAAUUAAAGACAAUGAUCAAAAGGCAGGUUUUCUGUUCAUCAAUGUUUAGUUGUAGGAAACUGUCUCGUUAUUUAUUAUGGUGAAUACUACAAGGUGCAUUGAGUAAUUGACAGCACUGUGGAGAAUUGUGCAAAUUGUGAGCAGACCAAAGAGCUAAACAGUAAAGGAAAAUAAACAAUCAAACCCCAUUUACAACUGGCGUUAGUGUGGUUGUAAAUUAGCUCAUCUGUUGAAACUUGUCUGUAUGCAGUAGAACUACAACCCUGGUCACACAUUGAAUGCCGCAAUCUCCAGACUUCACACACCGUCCUAUUAAAAACGUGCUAUGAUUUGGCAGAUGUGCUUUAAAAGCUUUGAGCAGUUGCUUUUCGCUGAGGUUGUUUGUGAGCUGUUUUGGUGCAGAGCUGCCCUUCAUACGCAAUUGUCUUCAACACUUGGUUUCAGCUGAACUAGUGUAUCAUUUUGGAGAAUGGAAAGGCAAGCUAUGUAGUAUUCUGGUAAGCCGACAGCCUGUUAACAUCCUUGUAUGCGCUGUUUGGCGCAUCAAAAAGAGGUUAUGGUAUUGUAACUGGAUUUAACUUUGAGAGUGGGGAGGAGAGGGGUGACGAGAUUGGAUCUGAUAUCAUUUUGCUGCUGGAUAAAUGUGUUUAGCCUAGGCAGAGAGUACCUCUAAUUAGACCAGUUUUGCCUGUGAUCGGUCUGUUAGUAUCAAUGCUGUACAAACAUCUGUGUGGUGGACCUUCAAGAGAGUUGUGGAUCAAGUUCAUUCUAAAGUACCUGAGCACAUCUUGGGUUAUGGGACUUGAACCCAAGUAGAAGUAAUUAAUAGGAAAAGUAGCAAGGUCAUAGUUUGUAAUGCUGUUACUUAUAAAGCCUGUAAUUACUGCGAUUCAGUUUUAAAGCAAAAUGGCAUUCUCAUGUUCUUGCUCUUUGAAUUGUAGGUCAGGGUCGAUGAAAUGUAAAGGGAUGUUAAACAAGAUUUUUGGAUACCUAGAAGUCUAAAUUCCCUAGACUACUCUAAACCAUGGAAUUUCUGUGAACAUUGAUGUGGGUGUAUUUAGGAAUUGAAUGUUAUACUUUUAUGUUGUGCUGUUUGGAAACUCUGGAUUGCAAAAAAUGCACUGGGCUAACUGAGUUCUGAAACAUUUGAAGUUUUGCCAUGUAGGCAAAUGCUUGCAGAGCAUAAAAAACUAAAUAUUUUGUCUGUGCAAUACAUAGACUUAACUACAUUUUAUUAAAUUGCAUUUAUUUUUUGUAUGUUAUUGGUAUGGCAGAUUAAAAUAAAGAAUGCUUUAA